AUGCACUAUAACACCGCGCAUGCGCGCGCCUGCGACGCGUCCGCGGCAAAGCUCAAUGCGACCGCCACCCACCUCUCGCCCCCUGACCCGUACAGCUCCACCGCCCUCCUCAGCGGCGUCGAGCGACGCGUCAGCCCCCACUACCCCCGUCCAUCACCGCGGGGGCGCCCCACCGCGCCAAUCAGCGAUGGAGUCGCCGGCCCCUCGCUCUCUAUGCUCGUCCGCGUCGUCGCUGCACAUAGCGACAUGGAAGCCUACGCCGUCCGCCCAUCUGCUCCUUCGCGACCGGAGACACCACGAGCCGUGCCUUUGUCCGCGGAAAGCGAGCCUAAGAGGAGUGCUAACCAAAGGCUGGCCGUGCGCUCCUAUGAGCGCCAGCCAUGCCGACGUCUGCCACCAGCCCUACUAAGGUCAACCAAGAAACCGCAUCACGAGGCACAAGCGCCCUCCGCGCUCGCCAGCGUUGAGCGCGAGGGCACGCACCCACACCAAGCUGCGCCCCAGCCACGUGGCUCAACAAUGCUGCCACCUACAACCGCUCGCCCCAUGACCCGUACCGCCCCGCAGCCCCUCCCGGCAGCGUCGAGCGACAUGUCGGCACCCAGCACCCCCGGCCGUUAUCGCGGGGCCGCCCCACCGCGACUAUCGGCGAUGGAAUCCCGCGAAUCCGCGUUCAUUAGUUCAUUCGUCCGAGGGGGAUAG